CGGGGAUGAAGCCACGGAUCGUCCUGUGCAUAGCGUGUGGAUGGAUCACGCCGAGGUACGCAUGCGCGGAGUGAAGGCGGAGGAGAGAGGCGCCCCAGUGACUGCCUUGGAGCGAACGGAGCGGCGAGCUGUUAAGUUUCACUUUCGAGAGCGGCUGCGUCUGUGGCGGGGAAUCAAAACUCAGGUCGGCUGUGCAGCAUUGCCCUCUAGCUCAGCGUCUCCCAGCUGUCAGAAGCAGGGCUGGUAGGCGGGGCGGUCGGAGCUUUCCCCAGCGCGUGGAAACGGAAGGCAAGCGGAGCGCAGAUCAGAUCAGAGCAGAGCAGGCUGGAGGUCCUCAUUCCUCAACUCGCGGUGUACAAUUGGGCUAUAACAACACCGCCCUGCACAGCAACCUUAAUUGGCUAGGAAAGACAAGAAAUAAAAUUAGAUGCUUGUUUGGGAUACAGUAGUUGGCUUGUUGCCCACUUGCGUUGCACAGUUUGAUCGAUGGGCCUGAGAAUUGGACGGCUACAGACUAAAAGAAGCACGCUCAAGCUGGAAGAAUACCAGACAAUGGCCGUGGAGGCAGAGGAGGAGAAACGCACCGAGGAUACGCUGGAGAAGCGCAAUGAAAAGCUCAAAGCCAUCUGUGGAAUGGCUGACUUGAGAAAUGAAGCUGUGGGCCUCUACAAUAUCGGACUAACUUGCUGCCUCAACUCCUUGCUGCAAGUUUUCUUCAUGAACAGACACUUCACUACAAUCCUGCGGAGGAUCAAGGUGCCUCUUGAAGCUGCAGAGCAGAAAGCAAGUGUCCCUUACCAAAUGCUCUUGCUGUUGGAGCAGAUGCAACGGGGCAAAAGGAAAUCUGUGCAUCCCUCGGACCUUGCACGCUGCCUCUCAAUGUACCAUGUGAGAUUGUUUGUUCUCUAUGAUGCUUCUCAGCUCUUCCUGAUCCUCUGGAACCUUAUUCAAGGCCAAAUCACAAACAAGGAUCUGGUUGAAAGUCUGACAGCUCUGUAUAGCACCCAGCUUCAGGAGUUCCUUGUGUGCCAGGAGUGCUUGCUUGAAACCAAGAAGGACAGCGGCAUGCUGGUGCUUCCACUUCCCAUGUUUGACUGCGAUUCCCACCUGGUCAGAAAGCUGGAAGAUGCCCUGCGUUGCUUCUUUGCAUCUGAACAACUGACCGGUGACAAUAUGUGUGUCUGUGAACAGUGUGGCAAGAAAACACCAAGCCUGCAGGGUAUGAAAGUAAUGGCCCUGCCACAGACAUUGACGCUGCACCUGAAGCGCUUCUGCUCUAAGGAAAGCAACCGGACUCGGAAGAUUGGCCAUUCUGUAUCCUUCCCACGGAGCCUCGAUUUUAGCCAGAUCCUGACCCCGGAGCAGUAUUGCCCAGAUGCCCUGGAGAAGGAUAAUGGAUUAUAUGAACUUUUUGCAGUUGUUGCUCACUCAGGAUCUGCUAGCUUUGGUCACUACUGUGCAUAUAUCUGGAAUAUCAGAGAACACAAGUGGUACUGUUUCAACGACUCCAGUGUCUGUCAGGUAUCUUGGGAUGAUGUCAAAUGUACCUAUGGAAAUGCAGGUCUCCGCUGGGGUGAAACAGCCUAUCUCCUGGUCUACAUGAAGAAGAAUUGUGAGCAGCUUUGACAGGAUUUGCAAAGAUUCAGGCAACUGGAAAAUGGCACCAGUUUAUAUCCAGUCGUCAGAUUCAAUUGUUUUGUGAGAGAGCUGAAUUACCAGUGCAGAAGAAUGAAAGUGAUUGGAAUAAGAACAUCCAUGGGAAAAGAGACUUUUUGAAAAAGAUGCUCACUUCUUUCUAGGAAUAUGGCAGGGAUGGAGAAUUUUUGUGUGCAUCCAGCUGCACCAUGGGCCGUCUUCUCCAGAAGGUGAACUGAAACUUUACAUUCACCACAACAGAAUGUACAAACGGCCCUGAAUUAAUUCUGCAGAUCUGCUUUGAAAAGGAUCUUUUUUAUAGACCAAGGGCAACUAUCUUUGCACAGGAGGCAGGGUUAGUUCUCUGCACAAGGAGCAAUAUGUAGCAGUGUAGGGGGGAAAGAACUUGUGUGCCUCAAAGGGCUUUCUCUGAGCUUUGUCCAACUUUUGCUGAUAUCCUCUUUAAGGCACACCUUGGUUAUAUACCUUUUUAAAAAUGCCAUGCCUUCCUCCAAGGAGUCCUGGGAAUUGUAGUCCAAUUGUGUUAAGAGAGCCACUCUUCCACACCUCUAUGGUAGUAGUUCCUAGGAAUACCUGGCAAGAGGCAAUGACAGCCCAGCCAGCCAAUCUGCAGUGUAGAAUUGCCCUUGUGCUCAUUAGACUGGCCCUCUGUUCUACCUGAGUUGUGACUUCUUAAAAUGAAAAAUAGUCUCUUCCAGAGGAUAGACAAGGAGACAAAGCAGAGUGAGGGAAAGUGUCUUAUUGCUAGGGCACUAUGUUCAAAAGGACACAGAAAAAGCAGAGAGUGCAGUCUUAUUUAUUUUAUUUAACACAUUUUUAUACAGCCCAAAAUGCAAAGUUUUCUCUGGGUGAUUUACAAGACAAUAAAAACAGCCAAUUAAAAGAUUAAUACAUUUCAACAAUUCAAAUUUAAAACUUUAAAACUAUUAAAACACAAUUAAAAGGAUAUCUAAUUAAAAGCCUGGGUGAACAAAUGCACCUUGACUGCCUUUUUAAAAGUUGUAAGAGAUGGAGAGGCUCUUCGUUCAGCAGGAAGUGUAUUCCAAAGCCUCGGUGCAGCAAUGGAGAAGGCCCAUCCCUGAGUAGCCACCAGACGAGCUGGUGGCAACUGCAGACGAACCUCUCCAGAUGAUCUCAAUGGGUGGUGUGGUUCACAGCAAAGAAGACGUUCUCUUAAAUACCCAGGGCCCAAGCUGUUUAGGACUUUAUAGGUUAUAACCAAAACCUUGUACCUUGCUUGGAAACAUGUCGUCAGCCAGUGUAGAUGUUUUAAGAUAGGAGUGAUAUGGUCUCUCCAAGAUGACCCAGAGAUCAACCUGGCUGUCGCAUUCUGGACUAACUGCAGUUUCCGGACCAUGUACAAAGGCAUAAGAACAUAAGAAUAGCCCUGCUGGAUCAGGCCCAAGGCUCAUCUAGUCCAGCAUCCUGUUUCACACAGUGGCCCACCAGAUGCCUCUGGAAGCCACAGGCAGGAGUUGAGGGCAUGCCCUCUUUCCUGCUGUUACUCCCCUGCAACUGGUAUUGAGUAUAUGCUCAAUAUCCUCUGCUGUGAAGACUGACGCAAAGAACACAUUUAGCUUCUUUGCAACCUCCAUAUCCUCCUUAAUAAUCCCUUUCACUCCCUCAUUGUCUAAUGGUCCAACCGCUUCCCUGGCAGAUUUCCUGCUUCUGAUGUACUUAAAGAAGUUUUUGUUAUUCCCCUUGAUACUUCUAGCUAAAUGUUCCUCAAACUCUCUUUUUGCCUCCCUUAUUGUCACCUUGCAUUUCUUCUGCCAGAGUCUGUAUUCCUUUCUAUUCUCUUCAUUUGGACAGGCCUUCCCAUUUUGGAAGGAAGUCUUCUUUCCUUUCAUGGCUUCCUUGAUGGUUAUCCAUGCUGGCAUCCUCUUGGACUUAGUGGUACCUUUCCUCCUUUUGGGUAUACAAUUUAACUGGGCUUCUAGUAUUGUGGUUUUGACUAAACUCCAUGCAUUCUGGAGUGAAGUGACUCCCCUGAUUUUCCCUUUCAGCUUUCUUUUCACCAUACUCCUCAUUUUGGACAAGUUUCCUCUUCUCAAAUUCAAAAUGUCUGUGUUAGACUUCCUUGGUGAUUCUCUGCCCACAUGUAUGCUGAAUUUGGUCGCACUAUGAUUACUGUUUCCUAAAGGGUCGAUGACACUGACACCACUCACCAGGUCCUGGGUGCCACUCAGGAUUAAGUCCAAGGUCGCCUUCUCUCUGGUUGGUUCCAAGUCCAACUGUUCUAGGGCACAGUCAUUCAGCGUAUCUAGAAAUUUGACCUCUCUGUCAUUACCUGACUGUGAAUUUGCCCAGUCUAUGUGUGGGUAAUUGAAGUCACCCAUUAUUACAGCCCUGCCUCUCCUUGAUGCCUCCCUGAUUUCUUGCUGCAACCCGCAGUUACUGUCAGCAUUUUGAUCCAGAGGGCGAUAGCACGUCCCCACUAGCACAUUUCCUUUCAGGCCUUGUAUUGUCACCCACAGGGUUUCUGUGGAGGACUCCAGUCCCACCUAGGUUUUCUAGCUUGUUAGAUUCUAUCCCUCCUUUAACAUACAGUGCUAUUCCACCUCCAAGGCACCCCUCUCUGUACUUUCUAUAGAGUUUAUAUCCAGGGAUAACAGUGCCCCACUGGUUCUCACUGUUCCACAAUGUUUCUGUUAUGCCCACUAUAUCUAUUUCUGUGUUAGCAACCAAGCACUCCAGCUCACCCAUCUUGGCUCGGAGGCUUCUGGCAUUGGCAAUGGCACCUAUACGCUGAAUCUCUUCCCUGGUGUAUGCUAUCUUUCUUUUGACUUUUUGACCAGCUGGCACAGCCUUCUGUCUGCUCUUUAUGUGGUUCUGCUCUGUCCCCUUCUGUUUUAUCUGAAUCCUUUGCACCCUCACAUUUUAAAGGAUGGAAUUUGCCAAACCGGAUACUGCCCAGCUCAUGUCGGCAAUUCCCCAGGCAUCAUUUUAAAAGCUGCUCUGCAGCCUUUUUGAUUUUAAGUGCCAGCAGUCUGGUUCCAUUUUGGUUCAAGUGCAGCCCGUCCCUUUUGUGCAGGCCUUGCUUGCCCCAAAAUGUACCCCAGUGCCUAACAAAUCUAAACCCCUCCUCCCAGCACCAAUGUCUCAUCCAUGCAUUGAAACCCCUCAGCUCUGCCUGUCUCACUGAACCUGCGCAUGGAACAGGUUGCAUUUCUGAGAAUGCUACCUUGGGGGUCCUGGACUCGAAUACGCUGCCUAUCAGCCUAAUUUUGGCUUCCAGGACCUCCCGACUACAUUUCCCCACAUCGUUGGUGCCGACGUGCACCAUAACAGCUGUCUCCUCCCCAACACUGCAUACGAGCCCAUCCUGAUGCUGCAUGAUGUCCAAAACCUUCACACCAGGCAGGCAAGUCACUGUGCGGUCAACAUGUGGGUCAUAAACCCAUCUCUCUCUACCUCUAAUGAUAGAAUCACCCACUACAAGGAGGCCCCCACCCCCCAGAGGAGGAUACCCUGUGUGAGAGGAUAUGGGCUCAUCUUCCACAGAAGGGCUCCCUUCUAAAGGAGCAUUUCCCCUUUCCUCAGACUGAUGACCUCCUUGCCCGAGACCUUCAUUCUCCCUGACAGCAGAGGAGCUGUCAGCCCUGGAGUGGGAUGCCUCUACCAUGUCCCUGAAGGUCUCAUCCACAUGCCUCUCUGACUCUCUGAGCUUCUCCAGAUCCGCCACCUUGGUCUAAAGGGAAUGAAUUUGUUCCCUGAGAGCCAGGAGCUCCUUGCACUGAGCACACACCCAUGACUUCUGCCCAUGGGGCGCAAAUAGUCAUACAUGUGGCACUCUAUGCAAUACACUGGGAAGUGCCCCCUCCCCUGCUGACCUUCUGUCUUCAUACUGGUUUUGUAGGCUGUUUACAGUCUUUAGAGAUAGUCUAUUAGAAGGAUAGGUCUCAGCUGUAAUGGUCAGCUAUUUAACUGUCCAAACAGCCUUUCUCAGGAAAAUGAGGGAGGGAUUUGUACUUACCUUCUCUGCUCCACCGGGCUCCUUGUGGUAGCAGGGACUUGUUCCAGGCUCCCCUGUACACUUCUCACUAAACUCGUGCAAAACUCCAACAUCCUGUUUCCUAUCCCUGUUCGCUAUGCUCUCAGGCCUUCACCUCUUAUGUAGAGAGUAGGCUUCCAACUGAGACACAGGAUAUGGGUCAGAGGAAUGUGGGGCUUCACACAGCCCUAGAUGCCUCCACCCCCCUCCAGGCAGGGACAAACAAAAACUCUGGAGUUUGUUAGCCCUCGCAAAUGCUAGCCCUGGCAAAUCACACACACACACACACACACACACACACACACACACACACACACACACACGGACUUAUCCCUUAAAGAGAAACCAGCCCCUUAAAAUCUGCCCUAUUCCUGUUAGUUAGUUUGAAGGCAGCCCCACAUAGAGUUCAUUGCAAUAGUCAAGUCUGGAGGUGACCAGCAGAUGUACUACUGUUCUGAGGUCAUUUAUCUCGAGAAAUGGACGCAGCUGGCAUAUCAGCCAAAGCUGAUAAAAGGCACCUCUGGCCACUGCUUCACCUGGGACACCAGGGCAAGGUUUGUGUCCAGAAGCACCCCCAGACUGCAUACCUGUUCCUUCUGGGGAAGUGUGACCCCAUCCAGAACAGAGAGAUCAAAUUCAUCUCCUGAGUUUUGACCCCGCACAAUAAGUUCUUCUGUCUUAUCUGGAUUCAGCCUCAGCUUGUUACUUCUCAUCCAGCCCAUCACUGCCUCCAGGCAGGCAUUUAGGGAUAUUAUGCCUUCUCCUGGUGAUGUUGACAUGGAGAAAAAGAUUUGAGUGUCAUCAGCAUACUGAUAACACCCUGCACCAAAUCUCCUGAUGAUCUCUCCCAGCUGUUCCAUGUAGAUGUUAAAAAUCGGAGACAAUAUGGAGCCCUGAGGGACACCAUACUGAAGUUCAGUUUUUGAAGAACAACAGUCCCCGAGGGACACCAUCUGGAAUUUGCCUGAGAAGUAAGAGCGGAGCCUCCCACCCCCAACCCCCUUAAAUGCUCCAGAAGGAUACUGUGGUUGAUAGUAUCGGAAGCCGCUGUGAGAUCCAAAAGGACCAACAGUCACACUUGCUCUGUCAAUUCCUAAUUGGAGAUCAUACAUCAGGCCAACUAAAGCAGUCUCCACCCCAUAGCCUGCCUGAAAGCUAGUUUGAAAUGGGUCCAGAUAUUCCAAGCAGUUUCCUCCAAGACUGCCUGGAGCUGGGAGACCACCACACUCACAAUUACUUUGCCUAGCUGUGGAAGGUUGGAGACAGGUCUGUAGUAGCUUAAAUCAGAGGUAUCCAAUAUAGGCUUCUUCAGAAGAGGUCUAAUGAUUGCCUUCUUAAGACAAGGAGGCUUCUUCCCCUCUCUCAGAGAAGCAUUUAUAAUAUCUACCUGGCCUUCUACAACAACCCUCCUGCCAGAUAGUAUAAGCCAUGCCAGAACAGGUGGUAGGCCACACCAUUCGAAGCAGCUUGUCCACUUCCUCAGGAGUCACAAACCACAAGCAUGGGGGACUCCAAUGCCCAGCCUGAGACCAAGUCUGUCAGCUUAGUUAGGGACUCUGUUGGGCAGUGGGGUGAUCAGUACACCAAUAGAAGUCCCAGUCUAUCCCUGGUCCCCAAACUUAAGUACACACAUUCUGUAUGGUCAGACACUUUGACAGGGAUCCUGUUAAAGGUGAUGAUCUUAUUGACCACAGCCACUCCACAUCCCCACCCAUGUCCCAUCACCUGCUCCUCAACAGAAUACCCUGGAAGGAGAAGCUGGGACCAGACUGGGCCACCAGCCUCCGCCAACCAAGUCUCUGUGAUACAUAUCAGGCAUGGGUGUAGGGUCCAUUGGACGUGGGGGGGGGGUGCAGUUGCACCUGGGCCCACAGGGUCAGAAAGGCCCCCAGAAGCCCCCCAAGACCAACCUCCCCUUGCCCAUCAGUUGCCCUGCAAAACACUCGCUGGCUGGGAGUGUGGAUGCUGCGGUGGCAGCAACAGUGAAAUUGUCAGCAGCAGUAGCAAAGGGAUAUCCCUGGAAUCCCACCCCUCUUUCUAGCAGCCUGCUUGAGCUGCUUCCAGGUCGCUCUCGGCAUAUCACAGGAUGCAAGGAAGGCGGGAGCUUCAGCCGAGUGGGAUGGGAAGUGGAGGGACUGUGAACUUGGUCUCUCAAGCACAGUACAUCAAAAACCCUGUUCCCCAUCCCAUAUCUGAGAUCUCUGGGUUGGUUUUUUUAUCGUUCCCUUUGAUUAAACCACUGUGUGUGUGUGCCUGCAUUUGAAAAGCUAGUCUGCUUGUGUUUUUUUCUCUCCCGCUUCCUUCCCUGGUUUGAAAAUCUCUCUGUCUCUCUGCAUUACAAGCUUGUAAUAAAAAUCCUCACCACAGCCCAACAAUAUACCUUCUUGUGAGGAAAUUAGGCAGUAAAGGUUUUUAACGUUUCAAAAAUAAGAGGGAAGAAGAAAUGCUCUCAACAAAAUAGAUCUGUUGGUCCUGACUCCUGCCUUUUAGUUUAGCAUGUGCUAUUGGGUUUAUAUUAAGAAUAUUUAUACUGUGUGCUGCUUUUUUUUUUAGCAACAAAGGUUUUCAAAAUGGCUUUAAUAGCAAAAUAUAUGAGAAAAUAGUUAUUUUACAAUAUGUUUCUCCUUAUAAUAAAUAUUUUAUUUAGC